CGGCCUCAUUGGCUUUCUUUAAAGCAGUGUCCAUUGGCUUGUCCAUCUGCUUUACAGCAAACACAUCUUCCUUAUAAUUCUACGCUCCCAACAACUCCCAUCACUACUUCAACAGCGGGUUUCAACAUAUCAAUUGAUUCACCACCUACAAACAAAUGGCGGAGGCAGUUCUCUACGACGUUGCUGCGAGUAUCAUUACGAGUUCGGGCUCUCUUGCUCUCCAACAGAUUGGACUGCUCUGGGAUUUCAAAGAUGAGCUUAAAAAGCUCGAGAACACGGUUUCCACUAUCCAAGCUGUGCUUUUGGAUGCGGAGGAGAAGCAGGCCAAGAGCCAUCUGGUCAAAAAUUGGCUUGGAAAGCUCAAGGAUGCCAUGUACGAAGCCGAUGACUUGCUGGAUGAUUACUCCACCGAACUUCUACGCCGACAAGUGAUGACACAGGAUAAGAUCAAGGCAAAACCGGUACGCGUCUUUUUUUCCAAAUGGAACCAGCUUAAAUAUGGCAUUAAAAUGGGUCAUAGGAUCAAGGCAGUUAGGGAGAGACUUGAUAACAUGGCAGCUGAUCAAAUCAAAUUUGGCUUCACUGAGCGUCCUAUAGGGACACAGUUUGAGCAUAGGAAGAGAGAAGAUACACACUCUUUUGUACGUGAGAAAGAAGUCAUUGGGAGAGAGGAUGAAAGGAAGGUUGUUAAAAAGUUGUUAUUGGAUUCCGAAGUGAAAGAGAACGUUUCCAUCAUUCCCAUAGUUGGGAUAGGUGGACUAGGCAAGACCACGCUUGCUCAAUAUGUGUACAACGACGAGGAAGUCAAAAAACAUUUUGAGCUAAGAGUGUGGGUGUGCGUCUCAGAUCCUUUUGAUGUGGAAAUUGUUGUUCAAAAGAUCGUAGAAUGUUCGAUUGAAAGGAGACCGAUGGAUUGGUUGCAACGUCAACUUCGAGCAAAAAUUGAUGGAAAGCGAUAUUUACUUGUUUUAGAUGAUGUAUGGAAUGAGAAUCGUGAUACAUGGUUGAGGUUGGAAACACUGUUAUUGGGUGGUCUGAGGGGAAGUAAAGUUUUGAUUACUACACGUAGCACAAAAGUUGCUGAGAUUACAGGCACGGUGCCAUCGUAUCUUCUAGGAGGUUUAUCUGAAAGCAAUUCUUGGGAUUUAUUUAAGAAAAUGGUUUUUAAAGACGGGGAAGAGGCAAAGAAUCCAAAGUUAGUAGAAAUCGGAAGGGAAAUCAUUAAAAAGUGUGCACAAGUUCCUCUUGCUAUAAGGAGCAUAGGGAGUCUAUUAUACUUCAAAAACUCAGAAGCUGAUUGGCUGCACUUUAAAAACUUUGAACUUUACAAAAUAAAUCAAGAGGCCAAUAGUAUUUUUCCAAUACUUAAGUUGAGUUAUGAUCAUCUCCCGUCACAAUUGAAGCAAUGUUUUGCAUUCUGUUCGUUGUUUCCAAAAGAUCAUGCAAUUGAAGUGGAGGUGUUGAUUCAGCUAUGGACAGCUCAAAGCUUUAUUCAUUGGUCAGAUAGAACCAGAUGUCUUGAAGAUAUUGGUCGUGAGUAUUUUAUGGAUUUGCUUUGGAGGUCUUUUUUUCAAGACAUACAAAGAGAUGAAUAUGGUAAUAUAGAAAGAUGCAAAAUGCAUGACCUUAUUCAUGAUCUUGCACAAUCAGUAGCGGGGGACGAGUGCAUAAUUUCAAAUCCAAGUGCGGAAAAAGUAGUUGAAAGAAAUAUCCAUGUGGCAUUUGAUUCCUUAUAUUCAUUAAGUGAUAUUCCAACUCCUUUGCUCAAGGCACAAAAAAUGCGAACGCUUUUUCUACAUAUUCCGAGUAACAAGUCAGGAUAUAGUAGACUUAUUUUAAGUUUUAAAUGCUUGCGUACCUUGAAAUUGGCUGGAUCGGGUUGUAAAAAAGUGCCGAAUUCCAUUGGCAAGUUAAAGCACCUACGAUAUCUUGAUCUUUCUUGGAACUGGCUUAUCAAACUACUUCCCGCUUCUAUAACUAAGUUGCUAAAUUUGCGAACACUAAGACUUGAGGGUUGUGGUGGGCUUAAAGAAUUGCCAGAAGACCUUAAAAACUUGAUCAGCCUUAGGCAUCUUGAUCUUUCUCACAGUAAGCGUAUCGAACUACUCCCCGCUUCUAUAACUAAGUUGCAAAAUUUGCAAACACUAAGACUUACGUAUUGUCUGAAGCUUAAAGAAUUGCCAGAAGACAUUACAAACUUGAUCAGCCUUAGGCAUCUUGAUCUUUCUUGCAAUAAGGAUAUCAAACUACUCCCCGCUUCUAUAACUAAGUUGCAAAAUUUGCAAACACUAAGACUUGAGGGUUGUAGUGGGCUUAAAGAAUUGCCAGAAGACAUUACAAACUUGAUCAGCCUUAGGCAUCUUGUGCUUGAUGGGUGUCACAGCUUGACUCAUAUGCCGCAUGGAUUGGGAAAGUUGACCGCUCUCCAAGCACUGAUGCAAUACACUUUGGGGGAGAAGGGAAGUUGUGUUCUGAAGCGAAAGGGUGGGCUAGCCGAUCUGGAAAGUUUAGAUGAGUUGAGAGGAGAAUUACAUAUCAUUGGUUUAAAGCACUUGAGAUCUUCUCCAUUAGAAGCCAAGGCUGCAAACUUGGAGAGGAAGCAAUACUUUCGAAAGUUGACAUUAGAGUGGGGCCCAGAUUUUGAUGAUCAUGAUAGGGAUAAGGCAAUAGAAAAUGAUGAACAGCUGUUGCAAAACCUUCAGCCACACUUAAAUUUGGAAGCAUUAAUUAUAAAUGGGUAUGCAGGUUUGAGGUUAUCGGGCUGGGUGUCCUCGCUCUCGAAUUUGGUUGAUAUUCAGAUAUUCAAUUGUAAAUGGUUCCAACAUAUCCCUCCGUUGGACCUUUUUCCUUCUCUCAAGAACCUUAGUCUUCGAAACUUAAGUGCGCUGGAGUACAUAAGCAAUGAUGGCAGUGACGUGUCCUCUUUAUCUCUUGAAAGUCUCGUACUUGAGGAUUUGCCUAAGUUGAGGGGAUGGUGGAGGUUGAGGGAAGCAGCAACAACAGAGCAUGAGCCACAUCAUCAUCUUCCAUUAUUUCCAUCAUUUCCAUGCCUUUCUUAUUUAAUUAUUAGAAAGUGUCCUAUGUUGUCUCUAAUGCCAGUAGUGGCACAAGGGAGCGAAACAGCACACUCCUCUUCUUCUCCCUUUUCGGAUCUCUCCAAAUUGAAGUCUCUUUUUCUUGAGAAAUUAGAGCAACUUGAAUCUCUGCCAGGGGAGUGGCUGCAAAACCUCACUUCUCUUGAGACUCUAGAUAUUCGGAAGUGUUGUAAACUACGAAUAUUCAUGUCUCAACUCUUUCAACAUCUCUCCGCGCUUGAACGUCUGGUGAUUUAUAAGUGUAGGGAACUUAUCAGUAAUGAGAAUGAAGAGGGCACACAAUGGCUUGGAUCUACAACACUUCGUUAUCUAUUUAUAGAAGAUGUUCCAAACUUGGUGUCUCUCCCAAGGGAGCUUAGACAUGUUACCACUUUGCAAGAGCUUUACAUAAAUAAAUGCCCUACACUGAACUCUUUACCGGAGUGGAUAGGCGACCUCACUUCACUCCAGCAUCUUCAGAUCUGGAAGUGUCCCAAUUUAACAUCACUGCCUGAAGGUAUGCGCCGCCUCACCUCUUUACAUCGGUUGAUAAUUGGGGAUUGUCCUCGCUUGGAGAAAAGAUGUAAACAAGGAACAGGGGAGGAUUGGCCAAACAUUGCUCACGUCUCAAACUUUUCGACUGGAGGGGAUUAGUGGCCUAAUGCGCCA